AUGAAAAAAAUCACAGGAUUAUGCAAACCUUUGAAAGGUAAAAAACCUUUCAAGUGUGACCAUUGUUCCAAAAAUUUCUUUGACCGCAGUACUAUAAUAAAACAUAUGCGCGUGCAUACUGGCGAGAAACCUUACGAGUGUCCAGAAUGUGGGGCAAGAUUCAGUCAACAAGGAACUCUGAAGAGUCACAAAAUGGUACAUUCAGGUGAAAAACCUUAUGGGUGUCUGGAGUGUGGGAAAAAAUUCUGUCAUCAAAAAAGUUUGAAGAACCACCUGAUGAUACAUUCUGGUGAAAAACCUUACGAGUGUCUAGAGUGUGGGACAAAAUUCCGUCAACAAGGAACUCUGAAGAGUCACCAGAUGGUUCAUUCAGGUGAAAAACCUUACGAGUGUCUAGAAAAACCACACGAGUGUCCGUGUCCAUUGAAUCUUUGGAAAAAUUUAAACAAUCUUGGAUACAUGAAAAAAAUCACAGGAUUAUGCAAACCUUUGAAAGGUAAAAAACCUUUCAAGUGUGACCAUUGUUCCAAAAAUUUCUUUGACCGCAGUACUAUAAUAAAACAUAUGCACGUGCAUACUGGCGAGAAACCUUACGAGUGUCCAGAAUGUGGGGCAAGAUUCAGUCAACAAGGAACUCUGAAGAGUCACAAAAUGGUACAUUCAGGUGAAAAACCUUAUGGGUGUCUGGAGUGUGGGAAAAAAUUCUGUCAUCAAAAAAGUUUGAAGAACCACCUGAUGAUACAUUCUGGUGAAAAACCUUACGAGUGUCUAGAGUGUGGGACAAAAUUCCGUCAACAAGGAACUCUGAAGAGUCACCAGAUGGUUCAUUCAGGUGAAAAACCUUACGAGUGUCUAGAGUGUGGGAAAAAAUUCAGUCGUCAGAGAUAUUUAAAGAGUCACCAGAUGGUACAUUCAGGUGAAAAACUUUACGAGUGUUUAGAGUGUGGGAAAAAAUUAAGUCUUCAAAAAACUUUGAAGAGUCACAAGAUUGUACAUUCAGGUGAAACACCUUACAAGUGUACAGAGUGUGGAAAAAGAUUCAACCGUCUAGGAAAUAUGAAAAAACAUAAAAUGGUGCAUACAGUUAAAAACCUUUCAAGUGUGACCAUUUAA